GUCACUGUCAGAAGUGACGGGGAAAGAUCUCAGCGGCGGUCUACAGGAGACAGUCCUCUGAUUCUGGUGUUCAACACGAUCAGGACAUUAUCAGUCUCUUGAUGACUCUCAGUAACUCUUAAGUGUUCUUCAGUGGUCCGAGCUUCAGCAGCUGUGUGGACACCUGUGAGCAGGCCGUCCUGCCUGUGUCUGUAUGGAUGGGAAUGGCAGCAUCAGCUGGUGGUGGGAAUCACUCACACACAACAUGGAGACACAUUGUGAUCAUUGUUUUAAUGGUCCUGCUCUUUAGUGCUCCAUCAGUAUGUGCGCAGUGUCGAAUCUUGCGAUGCAACUCAGACUUCGUGGCUGCGACUUUGGAGAGCGGUGUCAUUGGAGGAGGCAAUAAAGAGGGUGUAAAUACGGGAUACUGCAGCGCCCUGCGAUCCUACGCCCUCUGCACCCAGCGGACGGCCCGAGCCUGCAGGGGAGACCUUGCGUAUCACUCUGCUGUACAGGGCAUCGAGGACCUGCUCAUACAAUACCGCUGCCCAAAAGCAGGCCCCACGGCUCAGCCUCAGCCUCGGCCCCUGCCCCAAGCCCCUCUCUCCGGGGAUGGAUGCUUCUACGAGAAGGGUUUUAUACAGAGGGAGGGCCGGGCCCCAGAAUAUCUACACUGUGGGGUGUUUGGAGACCCGCAUAUCCGUACCUUCAACGAGGAGUUCCAGACGUGUGCAGUGCAGGGCGCCUGGCCUCUCAUAGAUAACCAGUAUCUGUACAUCCAGGCCACCAGCAGUCCCACCAGGGAGAGCUCUGACACCACCAUACUCACAGAGGUCACGGUGAUCUUCCAGAACUGGCGUGAGUGCGCUGAACAGCAGGUUUAUCAAGCAAAACUGGGCAACGUUCCUCCAGCGUUUGCGGACGGCUCUGUGACUGGCGGGGACCGCAGAGGGCAUCAGAGUCUGCGUAUUCACUCACAAGACCCAGGCCGGCAUGCUGAAAUCUGGGCUACUCAUAUUGGGACCAUGAUAAUAGUGCGGCAGGUUGGCCAGUCGCUGAGCCUGUCCGUCCGCUCUCCUCGUGCCAUCGUGGAGUCCUAUACGCCGGAACAGGACCUGCAGUUGUGUGUGUGGGGGUGUCCCAUUUCACAACGUUUAGAGAUGCUGCAUGCACAUCCAUUCGACCCCGCAUACACACACUGUUCCUCGCUGUUUCCGGGGAGAGAUGUGUAUUUCCAGGCCUGCCUGUUUGAUGUGCAGGUGACCGGGGAUGUGAACUCCAGCGCUUCAGCUGUGGCUGCGUUAGAGGACGCUCGAGCCAUGAUUUCUGACCCCGCGAGUGUUCAUUUGGUGACUGGUGGGACGGGUAAUAACUCCCCGUCAUUGCUGGUGGUUCUAGGUUUCAGUUUCCUUACAGAGACCCUCAGACACAGUUUUUUGGGGUCAGCGUGACAUCGUGAACACUACACUAAAGCAAUAUUUAAGGAUAUUUAUACUGGUGUUCAUUGUUUACAUCUCAGUGGUUUUGGAUGGUGGUGUUUUGUAAAGGCUGUCUGGAACGGCCUUUAUGUGAUGAUUUUGUGUGCGCGCGUGUGUGUUUCAGUGCUCUUGAAGUGUGUAUGUACUACACAUUUUUGGGAACACUUUUUUUAACUAAUGUUAAUAUUUUCUCAAAGAAUGAUGAAAUUUGUUCAGGAGUGUAUUUAUAAUAAAGAAAAAAAAUACAAACAAAAAA